AUGUCAUUUGAAUAUUUAGAUCAUCCAGCUGAUGUUAUUUUACACUCAUGGGGAAAAAAUAUAAUUGAAGCAUUUGAAAAUGCAGCUGCAGGUAUGUUUAAUUUUAUGAGUGAUUUAACAAGGGUUGAAGAAAAAGAAAUUAAAACAAUUAGUAUAGACGCAACAAGUUAUGAAGAAGCAUUAGUUAAAUUUCUAGAUUCAUGGUUAUGUGUUUUUUCAUCUGACUUAUUUAUUGGGAAGUCAUUUAAAUGUGAGGUGUUUGAUGAUAACGAUGAAGAACAUAUUCAUAUUGAAUGCAAAGGGUUUGUUGUUAUGUUAAGAAAAAUUGUAUUUUAUAACACUAAUCAAUAUAGAAUUGGAGAAUAUUUUAUUAUUGGAAAACAUCAACAAGGAACAGAAAUUAAAGCUAUUACAUGGCACAACCUAGAGAUAUAUGAUGAUGAAAAAGACCAAACACAUAUACACAUAUUGCUUGAUAUCUAA